AUGGCAUUCACACGGAGGACAUCUAGUCGGGCUUGCAAAGAAUUGACUAUGGCUCGUAUUGUUGCUUGUUUAGACUCGCCACAGGAAGCUGAAAUUAACCUUAAAGAUAGCAGGGUCCUUCCUUCGAGAUUUGAUUCCUGUCUAAGAUCUCGAAGAGCAACGUGUACUGGUACCUUAAAGUCUCCAGGUAAUUAUUUUUUCGUUUUACUGCUUUUAGUUAAGAAAAUGUCAGAGCUUUGUUUAUCUUCACCCCAAAGAACCCCAAAGUCACUUUUAAAUACAAGCUGUUUAAUUAAAAGUAAAGGAAGCAUCUUAAAUACGAACUCUCAAUGUCCGAUAGAUAGCGAAGAUUCAUAUGAUGAAAGUUCUAUCUCGACCAGUGAAUCAAGUUUUUCGACAUGUAAUUCAUCAGAUUCUUCCGACUUUACUGAACAACAAUUUCAGCACAGAAACAGGUUGAAAGGUCCUAUAAUAAAGUCAUUCCCUGUAAGAAGAACAAAGCUCAAUGUGUGUGCCAAUAAAGGCUCUGUAUCGGCUCAUAGGAAGCGCACUCUUAGUCAGGUGUCCCGUGGUGAGUCUUUUCUUAAUUUAAGUUCUACGAAUUCGGAAUAUGGAUGGUUACCUGGUCGUGAACAAGAAUUUGAAAAUAUUUAUACAUUCAUACUCAAUAAACUAUCUCAAAAUUCUGGCGGCUGUAUGUAUAUAUCUGGUAUUCCGGGUACUGGUAAAACAGCAUCAGUUCAAGCGGUACUGUCUACGAUGCAUAAAUUGGUUGCUGAUUCAGGUUUGGAAAGCCAAAUACCCACAUUCCAAGUAAUCUAUGUUAAUGGCAUGCGUGUCAGUGACCCUAAGCAGGUUUACGUGGAGAUAUAUGAACAACUAACUGGUUUAACUGCAACUGCAAAAUGUGCUUCUGACUUGUUAGAAAAAGAAUUUUUUCAUAAUGUAAUUAAAAAAGUAUCUCAUAGUAAAGUUUCUGAAAAGCCAGUUGUUUUGGUCAUUGAUGAAUUGGAUUUGUUAUGUACUCGUCGACAAGACAUACUCUACAGUCUUUUUGAUUGGCCUACACGCCAUAACAACCAUCGUGUUUUAAUAGUAUUGGCUAUUGCCAAUACCAUGGAUUUACCGGAACGUUUACUUCAUCCACGAGUAGCCAGUCGUUUAGGCUUAACUAGACUUACUUUCGCACCUUAUUCUCACGAACAACUUGCUCAAAUUGUGCGACAUCACUUAUCGUCUUUAUCAAAUAUGUUUCAGCCUAAAGCACUUGAAUUGGCUGCACGUAAGGUAGCUGCUGUUUCUGGUGAUGUGCGACGUGCUCUUGAUAUCUGCAAAAGAGCUGCUGAAAUUGUUUCAUGUAUUGGGAAAGGUAACAAAGAAAUAGAUAUUUCGCAUAUCAAUGCCGCCUUAAAAGAGAUGUUCACUACACCGAAAUCAGAAGCUAUAUGUGCUUGUUCAUUAUAUGAGAAGUUGUUUCUUCGUGCUGUUAUAGCUGAAUUUCAGGCGCAUUCAACAGAAGAAGCUCGAUUAGACCGGUGUAUUCGUCAAAUGUUUGCACUUUGUCGACUUGAAGGUGUUCCAUGUCCAACUACAUCAGAAGUAUUUGCUAUUUGUGCUAGUCUUGGAGCUCAUAAGCUAUUGUUAACUGAAAGAUCGCGAUGCGAUAUUUCAAUGCUUGUCCGUCUCAAUUGUACAAAGUCGGAUAUAUUAUACUGUUUAAAUCAACAACCUGACUUAUAA